GUCGAUCUGGGAGGAGCCCUGCUGCGACCUGCUGCCCUUCCUCUACUCCCGGGACUGGCUGGACGAGCGCCCUGACUCCCAGCUCACGCGCAUGGCAGCUCGCAUUGCGGAGUCGGGCUUCCGCGUGCAUGCCUUCUUGGUCAUGCUGGAGGACGUCCUUGAGCUCCGCCGCGCGAGCAGGCUCCUCUACGGCAAUUUGGGCCACGGCGAUCUCAUCUCUAGCGCUCGCCGGUUCCGGCGUACCAUGCACACUCAUGUCUUGCUUCGGCUGCCGGAUGUUCUUCAGACGCCGUUGAUUAUCGCGUGCGUCAACUUGCGCCAGCUGGUGGCAGCUUGCCGGGCGGCCGCGCUGGGCGAGCUCACCCCCGCUCCGGGCCCAGUCCAGAUUCUGGACACGAUGCUGGCGGAACGUCCGCUCCCGUACGUGAAGGAAGAGCUCAUGGACGACGAUGGCGAGCGCCGCCUGAUGGACGUCUGA